CUCCAUCGGCAUCAACAUAGUUGAGAAAAAUAGAGCUCGUAGUUUUGUACUUGUUGCUGGCGAAUGCUGUUGACGCCUUGUGCUUUCUUUCUCGUGGCUUGUAAAGUUUUCGGAGUUUCCGGUGCGUUGUAAUCUUGUUCGCAGCUGGAAAGCCGGUACGGAGGCUGCUAGAAAAGAAUGGAUUUGCUUUCGAAAGUCUCCUCAACCACUGUUGUCUUGCUGGUAGCAGUCAUGGCCGCGAACAUUCUGGAAACCAACGGAUUUCUGCCCUCAUCCUGUGGAUGCAGCAGUGGACAGACAUGUUCAAACGACACCUCCGGAGCGGCGCAAUGUGUGUAUCAUUUGAAUCACAACAUCAACUCCAGCAUACUGCAGCUGUUUGGCAACUCGGACGGACUGAUGUUCCGCGUGGUCACCGAGUUCCUUAUCGUCAACGAUACCACCAAUUCUUCUACCUGGCUGAGGCAGGGUAUACAAGUGAGCCCUGGCAAUGCGUCAGUGCCUCCGAUGCACGUCGAUGUCCCGGCCAAUCACAGCGGCACGUACUUCCGCUCUCGCCUGGAGGCAUUUGAAGGUGUUUUGGUUAUGACACUGUCCUUCGCCGUGGCAGGCACGCCACCGCCGGGCUUCCCUGGCCUUGACUGGGGUGCGUUCCCUUUUGCCCGCACCGACUGGGAAGUCCAAUCUCUUGCUAACAUCACCAUCAAUCUGCCCACAACGCUUCCAGUCAAUCAGACGGCGUAUCCAGCAUUUCUGCUUGAGUACGGCUUGACCGAGUCCGCACUAAGCAGCCUUGUUGUGUCUGGUCGCACGGCUCACCUUCAGCUUACCCCAGGCCUCUAUGUGGCAAGAGUUACUCCAUGGAAUGGUAUCCCGAACGCUUUUGUCACCGCUUCACAGUACCUCUCAUUCAUCGUAGGCGACCCUCAAGCUGCGGCAGAGAACAGCUGUGAUCCGAUGUGUACGGGGGGACUGACGUGUGUGAACGGAACCACAUGCCAAUAUGUUAUGGUGCAUACUCCCAACCUGACCAGCAUCUACAUGCAGUAUGUCGUCCAUACUUUGGAGGCAGAGGUGGAGUACUACGACCAGGUGGCAGACGAGUGGCUUGAAACGCAUAACUUCACGGCCGGCCUCAACCACGUUCCAAUCCGCAUUCUGAUGCAGGUCGGACACCAGGGCACGUAUUUCCGAUCGCGGGUCAAUAUUUACAUCCCGGAGCGCUACACAAUUUCACUCACCUACACCGGCAUCCCACCAACAGGCUACCCUGUGUACACCUGGCCGAUGUUCCCGUUUGUCAGCAUCACUGCAUACGACACUCACCUAGCAACGGUCACCGUAUCUUUGCCGACGGUUAACCCCGCGGCAAAUCUGAGCGUACAGAUUGGUCAAGUUCAUGGCGGCAGCAAUGCAUUGUCGAUCAUCACGUCCGCCAGCACCGUAACACUAACAAAUGUCACAGCAGGGGACUUCUACUUCCGCGUGCUAAGUCUCACAGCGACAAACAGUUCCUCGUCUGCAUAUACUCAGAAGGCGUUUUUCCAUAUCUCACCAUUCCAGCUGCCAACAGCUGAUCCAGGACUCGUCAGUGCUGGUUGUAGUGCAUGCGGCAAUGGACAAGCCUGCGUUGCCGGAACUUGUAUUUAUUGUCACACCGAGUCGGGAGCACCCGGCGGAGGAUCAUGUAGUCAGUCCUGUGGCAAUGGAACUGUUUGCAUUGGCAACAAUACGUGUGGAUAUGUUGUCACGUUCAAAUCGAACGACACCAUUGCCAACUUGACGGCGCCAAGACCAGAUUUCUUCUUUCUCAGCUACGAGUACCUGGUGACUUCGGACCCCCCAUAUUUCGCACACGGCAACGAGACCUUCAUUGCCAGCCAGCCGUUCUGCUAUUUCCAAGCCGUGGUGAACUCGUCGGAGUUCUAUCGCUACACCAUUACAGCACAGUUCAACCGUAGUUCGCGUAUCCAACGUGAGACGCUCGCUGUACUAGAAGUGGGUAAUGAACAACCAGGUGUUGUCUACCCGAAGUGGGGCGCAUACCCAUUCAGCCAGGUCAGCAGACUAGACAGUAGUAACUUGACAGCCACUGUCAUCCGUCUUCCAGACCUCUAUCCAAUGCUCACAGACUAUCUUCAGUUGGUUGAGAUCAGGCUGGUGCACAACUACAUGUACCAGCAAGAAAUUGUCUUCAACGUGUCCAGCAACGAUACGAUGCUCACGCUAAACUUGACGGAAGGCGUGUACAGCAUUAGGGUACGCCUAUUGAGUACGACUGUCGUCGUGAACUCGCAGUAUGCUGCCGAGGUGUACUUCUACGUGCCAGCCUACUCAAUGAUUGCACCCACACCUGCACCUGUUUACAGCAAUUCGCAAGCUAGCAAUCUUCCGUCGACUGCAUCUGAAAACACCUCAUCAUCACCUGGAAACACCUCAUCAUCACCUGGAAACACCUUAUCAACAUCUACCGCAGGUCAGGAUGAACCCAAUGUUGUGG